AUGUCUAUCUCCACCACUGAUGGAAACAUCCUCGCCCUCCACGCUCGGCGUGGAGAUACCUCACAGCUAAGGCAGGCCCUGGACGUCUUGGUUCAGCGUCAGGGUUCCACAGGCUUGGACCGAGCCAACAUUCUUCUGCUUGCCAGGGACGAGUUCGGAAACAAUGUUGCCCACACUGCCUGCACCUUCAACAACACCAACGUUCUCGAGUUCGUCUAUGAACUCCACGAGUUCGCCCUCCAGCCUGGCGUCCUGCGGUCGAUUCUUCACGCUCGAAACAACAUGGGCGAUCAGCCGAUCCACCUGGCGGCCCAGAACAACUCCCUGGAUUGCGCUCGCGCAAUCAUCCAGCGCGGUGCAGAUGCCAACGCCGUGGGAGCACUUGGCUUCUACGCCACCCACUUCGCGGCCAGGGAGGGCUACCCUCAGAUGCUGCGCCUCCUGGUACAGAGCGGCGCAGACCACAGCCCCGUCACCGUGGGAAGAGAUACGCCUGCCCACUUCGCGGCGCGGAACCGAGACAUCGAGUGUCUAAAGACUCUUCACGAGGCCGGUGCCAGGCUGCAAGACAAGAACAUGGGGGGUGAGACCCCAGCCAUGAUUGCUCAGAGGCUCAGCAACGAGGAGAUAAUGAUUUGGAUGGCGGAGCAGCACAUCAUCAGAGAUCUACCUGGAGGCAGUUCUUAG